AACCUCUCCCUUUUUGAGCUUGGUUUGAUCUUGAACUUCUUCACUGGAGCGUUCAUUGAUCAAGCAAUGGCUUCCAAAAGCACUUCCACGGCGGUUUGGGGCCAAUUGAGGCAUUUGGCCCAGCAGCAAACGCGCUGCUACUCUGCAACUGCCGACUCCAUCCCGACGUCUAAGAAGAAGUACGUACCGACCAAGGGCGUCUACCCCAAGGGCUUCCGCGUCUCCGGCACAAUCGUGGGGGUCAAACCGGGGAAUACCACCAAGCCAGACCUGGCCUUUGUUGCUUCAGACACGCCUUGUGCCGCUGCUGCAGUCUUCACCAAGAACCGGUUCCAGGCCGCUCCCGUCACCUUUAGCAGAGACUUGUUGAAGAGGAAGCGUAACUCGGGCGUCAAUGGUGUCAUCAUCAACUCUGGCUGUGCCAAUGCCGUGACGGGCAAGGGUGGGCUGGAGGACGCCGAAUCCAUGGCUCGCGAGGCGGACCGCUGCCUGGGCGGCGACGGCACCAUCGUCAUGAGCACAGGCGUCAUUGGCCAACGCCUGCCCAUCAAGAGGAUUCUUGACAACGUGCCGGCGGCUCACUCCCGUCUGGGUUCCUCACAUGACCACUGGCUUUCUUGUGCGACCGCCAUUUGCACCACGGACACCUUCCCCAAGCUCAUGUCGCGCUCCUUUACCUUACCGUCGUCGCCGUCCGUCGAGUACCGCAUAGCGGGCAUGACCAAGGGCGCCGGCAUGAUCCACCCCAACAUGGCUACUCUCCUGGGCGUCAUUGCUACCGAUGCUCCGAUUGCGCCUGCGGUCCUCCCAAGCCUCUUGAAAAACGCCGUCGACCGCUCUUUCAACAGCAUCACCAUUGACGGCGAUACCUCGACCAACGACACGGUUGCCUUGCUGGCCAACGGCGCCGCUGGCGGAAAGGAAAUUGCCUCCGAGUCAUCCCCCGACUUUGCCGCAUUCCGGGAUGUUUUGAACGUCUUCUCGGAGGAUCUCGCCAAGCUCAUCGUCCGCGAUGGCGAGGGAGCUACCAAGUUUGUGACGAUCCGCGUGUUGGAGUCUGACAGUGAGGAGACGGCAAAGAAGGUGGCCAGCACCAUUGCCCGCUCGCCCCUGGUGAAGACUGCACUCUACGGCAAGGACGCAAACUGGGGCCGUAUCCUGUGUGCCACGGGAUACGCGCUGAUUUCUGAGCCGGGAUCGGCAGCUGUUGUCGAUCUUUCUGAUAAAAUCGUACCGGAGAAGACAAAUGUCUCGUUUGUUCCUACCGAUGGCACCGCCGAACUCAAGUUGCUGGUUGACGGCGAACCUGAACAGGUUGACGAGGUCCGUGCUGCCGAAAUAUUAAAGGCAGAAGAUCUCGAGAUCGUGGUCAGGCUUGGCACUGGUAAGGCUGAGGGUAGAUAUUGGACCUGCGAUUUCAGCCAUGAAUAUGUCACAAUCAACGGCGACUACCGGACAUGA